AUAUUCCUUCGUUCGCUGACUAUUAAGUAAUCGAUCGUAGAAUUAAUUCAGUCGCAUAUUUCCGUUAGAAAAGGAGAGCUUGAUAUUCAAAACCAGUUCCUCAGAUUCGGUCUCGAUGUCUCGUGUUGCGAAGGAAGGAAGAUAUCAAUAUAAAUAAGAAGAACAAACAGACGACACCACACAAACAAGCGCCGCUUGUUACAGAACAGACGGGUAUUUCAGGUGGCCAGCGAUUAGCUAAUCGAAAUGGCUGCUUUUAAAAAAUUGGCGUUAUUAGCUGUGCUAUUGAGCAGCAGCAAUGCAGGCAUCCUGCAAAGUCACCACGGCCACGACCUCGGCCACGGUUCAUCCUACUCGGCGCCGUUGCCCUCUUCAUAUAGCUCCGAUGAACACUACAGUGCACCACAUUCAUCUCUGUCGUCUUCAUCGUACAGUCAUAGCGCACCUCUGUCUGCUAGUUCUUACCACGACUCUAAUCAAUACAGCAGCGGUAGCUUUCUGUCUGGAAACUCUUUCUCUGGAAGCUCUUUCCCUGGAAGCUAUUUCCCUGGAAGCUCUUCCCUUGGAAGCUCUUUCUCUGGCAGCCCUCACUCUGGUUCUGGAUUUGGGUCUGGUGGUUUCGCGUCAGACCACUCACACGUUGUCGGCAACGAAGCCCCUCUACCUGGUCCUAAGAAUCCAGUAAUUGAUCACAUUCACCACGCUGCCGACGUACACGCUAAAGUUCCAGUACGCUACCGUGUUAAGGAUGAGCCUUACCAAGUGUACAGGGAACAAGUGCACCGUGUACCACAGCCUGUACCUGUGCCCGUUCCCCAUCCCGUACAGGUCCCCGUUCCACAGCCGUACCCUGUUCAAGUGCCUGUCGUCCGUAAUGUGCCCGUACCAGUCGUUAAAAUCCAGCAAGUCAAGGUUGACAAGCCUGUUCCCUACCCAGUAGAAAAGAUCGUCAAAAUCCCAAUUGAAAAGGUGGUUCAUGUAGAAGUUCCUCACCCAGUUCCCGUUGAGAAGAUUGUUGAAGUGCCGUUUGUUAAGCAUGUGAAAGUUCCAGUCCAUGUUGUGAAGAGUUACCCCGUGCCAGUAGUGAAGACUGUCCAUCAUAAGGUGCACGAGACUGUUCACCACAAGGGUUGGCACGGCCAUGGACACGGCUGGUAGACGUCAAAGUAGAGCAACGCUAACUCACAAAGAUUGGUUCUCAUCACCUUUCCUAGUAUUGUAAAUAAUACUACAUAUAUUUAGUUCAUCGAGAGGCUGCAAUCUAGGGUGAUAACUAAGUCAUUAAGUUAGGAAAUAUUUGUACAAUUAUUAUUUUUUUCGUUUUUUAAUGAGUAAUGUAAAAUUGUUACUUUAUUAAAAACAACUAUC